AAACCCUUUAACUUCAAAUUGGUGAUCUCCAUUGAACUAAUUAUGUUAGCUGCACCAGUGAUGAUUCAGACAUGUCAUAUUAACAGAAGUUAAUUACUUUGUGUUUUAUGUUUGUAAUUAAUUUGGACCACUCUGCAGAGAUCUGAUUUCACUUGGACAUCAGUCUUUUUCUGUUGAUCAGUGUUGAAAAAGGCAGAUUAAUUACACUGUGACUCGAUGUUCAAAAGGUGGUGGUUAUAGGCAUUCUACUCUGUUGUUAAAGAUGUCCAGUGUUCCUUUUCACUGUAGAUGACAACCAUUAACUCUUGGUGUGUAGCUAGUUCUCAGAAUGAUGAAAAUUCUUGUUUUUUUUAAUUUUAAACAUAUAAUGAAACAAGCUCUAAUUUUAUAUCAUGUGAAUGUCUGACUAGUAAAGUAAUGAAGCUUUCUGACUCUGCCUUUCUGAACCUUUACUCUGUGAGCCUGAAUAUACUGAUAAGGAGCUGCAACAGAAAGCAGAAAAGAAAUAGAAUUGGUGAACCACAAAGAGAGGAACAUUUACAGCCUCAGCCUGUAACAAGGCUGUAUGUAAAGAGGGAAUAGCCAGGCACAUGUAGAAAAUUUAAAAUUAUGUCUUUUGAGGAUGAAACCUAGAAAUAUUGGAAGUAUCAGGAUCACUAAAAAAGGGUUGAUGGAAAUUGCAGACACUCCCAUCUUUUUCAUUUUACUUUCACAUUUUGGUAUGCAUGCUUUCAGACCAGGAUAACUGAAACAGAACGUCAUGCUAGCAGCUACUGUACAUACACUUGUUUUACUUACACAGAUUAUUUGUGAUGUUUUAUCUCUCGGCACUUCCUGUAGCAUCCCUUUCGCAACCAUGAAAACUCCAUUCACGCAAGACAAGACACUGUGAACAGAGACGAUAGCAGGAUGAAAAAAUAGUGUUUAAGAAUCUAUCAUUAAAAUUACUUACAACAUUUUGUUUUUGUAAAAAUUCUUUCAAAACACAGAAGACAUAUUUUCUGAAACCAGAACCUGUGUAAACAUGCCUUUGAAACAUUGAAGUCAUAUUUUUGGAAAACAGGAACCUUUGCUGUUUCAGAGCGAACAUAUUCAUUAAGUUUUAGACUGUAAGGCUUUUGUUUCACAUUUCUUUUAAUGCCCAACUGGCAACAAAUGUAAACUGAUGUUUGAGACCUUUUUGUUUUCACCUAACAAGCUUCUGGGCUAAAUGAAUGCUUACCACACUUUGAAAACACAUAUUUUACUACAGAAAGGCAGAAUUGGUCCUUAUCCCUCAGUUUGGCAGUUUACUACCUAAUAUAAGGUACAGUCAGAACCCAAUUUGUAUUUUAAUGAGUUAUUAUGCAUCUUGCAUUUUUUUAAAAACUGCUUCUUAGUCUCUUAAGCUUUCAUUUAUUCACAGUUGUAUUUGGGGCUUGUUUUAUUUAAUGAGUGUAGUGUUUAUCUUGGACACUAGAUGGCAGUAGAUGCUAUAAAGAAACAAGUUUAACAGCACCUAAUUGACUCUGCCAGACUGGCGUAUCAUUGAGAGUCUGGCUCCUGAAAACCAGACUUUUGCCAAAUUAAACUCUAUGGUGUGUGAUAAUCCUGCAGGGAGACUAAUGAGUGAAUAAUUAGCACUGUGGAGAGAGUGAACAUUCAGGCCUAAAUUGAGAGAAUCUCACAAGAUAAACAACAUAAGGCAAGGCAACUCAAGUGGUUACUCUGAUUCUUCAGGAUUCUAAGAGUUUUAUUAUGGAAACUCUUAGUAUAUCAAGUCAGGUAACAUUUGGUUAAGUAAACUGCAUUUAAUGCAGCAUUUUUGAAUGUGAUUAUUGGGUGGACAAGAUGUAAAAUGUUUCUGUGUUGUGUUGUUCUGUGCCUAAAUUUGCUUUCUUCCCCGGGUUUUCUCUUCUGCUUGGUCCAGACUGUACAGUACGACAUGGACAGCACAGCAUCUGAUAUUUCAGAAGAGCAAGGAGCAUCUUUAUAUAUGUGUUUCCGCUGUUAUCAGCUGUAUGGGACUUUGGAAGAAGUAUUGGCACAUCAGCUGGCCUCGCACCCAGAGGACAAUGAGGACGAUGACACUCCACUUACUGCUACAAACCAGUCUAUUGUUCAAGAAGGAAUCUUUCAAGAGGAGAAUAUCCAGAACUGGUAUCAUUGUGUCCAUUGUGGGUAUUUGCUUGGUUCACCCCAGGAACUUGUAUGGCAUCAGCAGCAAAUGGGCUGCGGCCAGCAAAUUACAUCACAGAUACAUGUUGUAAAUGAGCUUCAAGACCAAGAUGGUCACAGAGAAACUCCUGUCCAGGAAUCAGUUAAACAUGAAGCCAUCUUGGAGGAGGUACCGCUAAUUCGCUACCAGUGCAGUGACUGUUUAGUACUGUUUGAAACUCCAGUUCAGUGGCAAAAACACAGAAAGCAAGGUGAAUGUAGGAACAUUGACAGCACUUCUGUGCAAAAGCAAGUAGUUGAAAAUUUCCUGGUAAAAGAACAUUCGAAGGAUACGUUGUCUGAAGAACCAUGCAAGUCUGAAGCAGAGAACCAACCGAGUCAAAAAUCAUUUGAGCAAGAGAACUGCUCUCAGGAGACAGGGGCUGUGGUUUCGCAAGAUUUAAUUUCCCCCAUUCAAAUGGUAGAGAAGAAAAUGACAACACCUCAGCUUCUUACAAAUAAUCCUACAACACAGACCAAGGGUGAUACUUCAGUAGAAACAAUUGACAGUGUUGUGAUGAUGGAAGAGAAUAGAAGAGAAUGCCCAGAUUCUACUGCUACUGAAGCAGAUACUAAAAAGAUCAGCAAUGAAAUGCAUUCCAGUGAACGUGUUGGUGUGUCUCUGCAGCACGAGCAAGACAAAAUGGCUGAUGCAGGCACUGAAAUGUCUUUAACAUAUGCCGCUGACGUAGCCUCACAACCACAGUUUACACAGCCCCAGAAAGAGAAGAUAAUUAAAGAAAUGCCCACAAUGGCAAGUGAUGACAUCCUCAGGACUCCUGUUGCUGGAGGAGAGGAUUCUGGAAAUAACAACUCUGUUAUUUGUAGUCUUGCUGAGGAUCAAUGUCACACCCAAACUGAUUCUGAGAAACCCCAAAACAGCAUUGCUUCAGAAAGUGAUCAACUUGAGCAACAUGAUCCUAGUGACAGUAGUGCUGUGAGUCAAGCAAGCCCAAGUGCAUUAAAUGAUGAAGGCACUCAUAAUGCUAAAGUUGUCUCUCAAGGCCAGGAUAGACUGGUUCCUGUGUCAUCAGGGACUAAUCUGAGCUUUACCAGUUCUGAUCCUGCUUCCUCAACAGAAUGGAAAUCUCGACAGCUUCAUCUGUGUGUGGAUUGUGGUUUAGGUUUUGGUACAGAGUUGGCUCUUGCAGAACAUCGUAAAAAGUCUCAUCACACAGAAGCUCCUCUACACAUCUGCUCACAGUGUGGUGAGACAUUUAUGAACACCACAAAGUUUUUGUAUCAUCGGCGCACCCACAGGCCUUCAGGAACUGGAACCAUCACUCCAACAUCUGUGGCCAGCCUAACAAAAGAGGGUGGGACAAAAAAUUCAAAUAAGGAGUCCUCUGGGAAAAUUUUGGAAGGAUGUGUGUCUCGUAUGAAGGGUCAGCAUCUCCCAGAAACAGGCUGUUCAAUGGCUGUGCCAGUGCAAGGUAUAGCUGGGGGUUUGGUGUAUUUAGUCUCCAAUGCAUUACCUAAUUCUUCAGUUAAUACACCCACAGCACUUAAUAUGCUUAACAAUGAGAAGCGGGCAAUGCUAGGUCAGGAGCUAACUUCAUAUAAAAGGCAAAGGAGAAUUGUGUCCAGAGAGCACGAGAAAGUUGAUACAGACAGUAGCAUGGCUAUAGCAUACCCAUGCAGAGACUGUGGACAAAAUUUUGACAAGAAGACAGAGAUGCUGAAACACAGGAAGGAGCAACAUGGAGAUUUUGUGAUGACAGACAAAAGUUCUGCAGACUUUGGCUCAGCUGCUCUCCAAUUUAAUGGCCAAGAGCCAGGAAAGGAGUGCCACUUUCCAGCCUUGCAGGUCCCCCGCCAGCAGACACAGCACCACUGCCCCCAGUGUGGGAAAGUGUUCAGAAGGCGCUACCAUCUGCGUACGCACAUGGUGACCCAUACUGGAGAGAGGCAGUUCAGCUGUGAGACCUGUGGGAAAAGUUUUACUUGUCAGAGUAACUUGGCCCGUCACCAGAUCACCCACUCUGGGAAAAAGCCCUACUCUUGUGAACAGUGUGGCAAAACGUUUACACAGUCGGGCACACUGAAACAGCAUCGCUUAAUCCACCUCUUAGCAGAAUCCCGAGCCACUGGAACAGCCAACAAAGCCCAGAUUGAAGAAGUUUUCCUGCCUCAUCGUUGCUCAGACUGUGGGUCAGGGUUUAAACGCAAGACUCACUUGCUCAUCCACAGACAUAUCCACACAGGGCAAUAUCCCUUUCAAUGUGAAGAGUGUGGGGAUUCAUUCCUCAGAAAGAGAUUGCUGGAACUACAUCAAUUGCAGCACCAAGGUAAAGACCCUGUUACCUGUCUGGUUUGUGGAGCUCAGUUUUUGGAUGAUGCUGGUCUAAAAUCACACAAGAAAUGCCGCCCAGGUCAGGAGUGUGUAUAUUGUGGUAAACACUGUCUGACACAGGAGAAACUGGAGUUGCAUCAGCUCACCCAUUCAGGUUUGCCUUCUCAUCGUUGUCCUAAGUGUGGCCGUCGUUUUGCCAGCCAGCAGAGCCUAGACAGUCACAUUGUCAGACACACGGGGGGACUGCGUUGCUUCCAUUGUGAGGACUGUGGCAAGGAUUUCACUACAGCAAGUUCCUUAGCUGUGCACCAGAGGAUUCAUACUGGUGAAAAACCCUAUCAGUGUGUCUCUUGUGGCAAGCGCUUCAGACAGAUUCCCCACCUGAGGGACCAUGAACGUCUGCAUAGUGGUCUGCGACCUUUUGCAUGUCAGGUGUGCGAAAAGACCUUUGUGCUUUCAGCACGACUUAAUGAGCACUUGCGCACCCACACUGGUGAGAAGCCAUACUCCUGUGCCGUAUGCAACAAAGCUUUCCGCUCUCUCUCCAACCUUGGAAAACACCGCAAAACUCAUAAAAUCGCUGACUCAUCCAACAAAGACGCAGUAAGUAGUAACACUACUGGCAAUUUCAUGGAACAUACUGUUUCUUAUAAGACUAUCGAGGAGGCUUCUAGCACAGUCAACACCAUUCUAUUGGUACAAGCUGGCAACAGUAUUGUGCCAACUUUGCCACAAAGCAGCACAGCUGCUACCCAGCUGCUUCAUCUCCCAGAUCUUGCAGGCUCUGGAGGUACCUCAGAAAACACAGCUGAACUCUUAAAGAGCAGUGCUGCUUCUGUGGCUUUUAUUUCUGGCCAUAUUGAACUGGCGGAACAGCUUCCCAUUAUCCAUGAUUCCAUAGAAGUGGUCAUUGAGGAAACAGUCUAGUAUAAACAUGAAGAAAAAACAGCACUGCAACUUCUUCAAAACUUAAUGCUUUUCUGAUGUCUAUGUACUGUACUUGCAGGUGUAUCUUACUUCAGGAAUAUUGAUCACAUGCAUUUUACCAGCAUAAAAUUUUAUCUGUUCAUCCAUUUUGUCAUGCUGCUAUUUUUCAGUACAACAAUGGGGAGAUGAUAAUUAUAAUGGCAUCAUUUUCAUGCGAUGCAGAAGUGGACCGUGGAUUAACUAAUGUUGUAUAAUAAAAAUUCAGAUUCAUUUGCUAAAUAAAACUGAAAAUGUACACUGA